UCCACCCUAGCUCUGGGUCCUUCGGAAGAGGAGGAAAAUCCUCUCGUUAUACAGUUCCAAAACAAUCCCCUUCAGCUCCGCCGCCGCAAUUUGUCACCCUUCAGCUCCGCCGCCGCAUCACCAAGUCCGCCCCUGCGCCACCGCGCACGCUCUCGGGGCUCCCAACUCUAGUCGCUGAUGCAUGGACGAGGUAAGGACGGAGGCGUGGUGGGGUCGGCGCGCGUGGGCGCUCCUCUCGGCCGUCCGCGCGCGAACGCCGCUGGUGCAGUGCAUCACUAACCUGGUCUCCAUGGACAUCGUCGCCAACGCGAUGCUCGCCGCCGGCGCGUCCCCCGCCAUGCUUCACUGCCUCCGCGAGGUCCCCGACUUCAGCCCGCGCUGUGACGCCGUCUACAUCAAUGUCGGCACGCUCUCCGAGGACUGGCUCCCCUCCAUGCGCGCCGCCGCCUCCGCUGGCCGCCCCUGGGUGUUCGACCCCGUUGCCGUUGCCGCCUCCGGCUUCCGGAUGGAGGCUUGUCUCUCGCUCCUCGCACUCCGCCCUGCUGUUGUUAGGGGAAACGCGUCAGAGAUCCUCGCCCUCGCCUCCCGCUCAGACGACUCUUUCAAGGGCGUGGACAGUUCACAUGACUCAUCGGAUGCCCUGCAAGCCGCGAAAGCAUUGGCACAGUCCAGCGGGGCUGUAGUUGCUGUGUCCGGAGCUGUUGAUUUUAUAACCGAUGGUAUUCAGGUUGUAAGUGCGAGCAACGGUGUACCCAUGAUGCAGAAGAUCACAGCGACAGGGUGUGCUGUGACUGCCCUUAUAGCGGCAUUUGUCGGGGCAGAUCCGUCGGAUGCUCUGGUCGCGGCAGCAUGUGCUCUUGCCAUCUUUGGGCUUGCUGGAGAGAUUGGGAUGGAGUCAGCCAGGGGACCUGCCUCUCUCAGGAUGCACCUCAUCGAUGCUCUUCACGGCCUCGACGAGCAAACCGUCACAUCUGGAGUGAAAAUUUCGCUGCUGCCAUAAUCCCUGUGCCCCAUGGCUAUGUAUGUUGUAUGUGAUACAAGUCUGGAGUAGGAUCACGUCACCUCCUCAGUGCUUUGAAAACUUGAAGCAAACCAGAUGGACCGUUACUCCUCCAUUUGUACCUGACAAAUAAUCCCGUGACCUUCCAGGCUAUACUAAGACUAGUCACAA